GCGGGAGGAAGAAGAGGAGGAGCGGUGAGCAGUAGCCACGACCGCCACCACCAGGCAGAGGAAGAGUUCGUGAGGAGGAAAAGACCCUCCUCCCACUUGGAGCGCCUUGUGUCUGCUUUUGGAAAAAGAGAAUACAGGAUAAAAGAGGAGAAGGAAAGAAGAAGGGGGGAAAAAGUGAGGAGGGAGAGAGAGAGAGAGGAAAAGGAAAAAAAAAAAAAAAAAAAAAGACUUGAACAGUGAGGGCCGGAGCGUGCAGGGAGCCCGAGGCGCGGGGGCGGCGGUGCCGAGCCAAGAGCUCUGCCGCUUGGGCAGGUGCCGGGCCGCUGCCUGGAGGCGGCAUGUGACGCGGCCGCAGCUGCCCGCGGGCGGAGCGCUCUCGGACCCGGGAGCGCACACCGCGGGGCAAGUCGGUGCCAUCCGGAUCCCCACGCUCCUUGUGAGUUCGCCGGCGGCAGCCUCGCUUCGGCAGAGACGCGCGAUGAACCGAAGGGCGGCUCCGGGCAUGGGCGGGCGGUCCUAGGACACUCGCUCCCUGAGCGCCGAGCAGAAGGCGGCUAAGGGACGGCGGACCGGGCGCCCCCCGCGUGUCGGGGAGGCGCGGGCGACCGCCGUGGGACGGUCACCUGGAGCGCAGCGGCCAGAUCUGAAUGGUGAUGGCACACAUUUCAGUUACGAGUUGCUCAGUGAGCUGUGGAUCGAUAGAACUUUAAGCAUCCCUGUCAUGAUGUAUGCCUCGAAGCCCCUUCACUAUUAGCACCUGUGUUCUGAUCAGAGGCCAAAUAAAUGACAUCCAGAAUUUCCACUAAGGUACUAUAAGCUUUCGUGGUGACAUGGUACCUGUUUUCCUUCUACAAGAGAUAUUCAGCACACAGCAGAGUCCUUGAUAAAUUGGAUUGGUUUGAUGAUCCUACCUGGAAUAGACUAUGUCCGAGAAUCACAAUGAGCUGGCACACUAACAAUACAACCUCGCCUUUGUUUCCAAAUAUCAGCUCGUCCUGGGUGCACGGCCCCUUGGAUGCCGGGCUGCCCCCGGGCACGGCCCCUCACUUCGGCAGCUACAACGUCUCUCAGGCAGCUGGGAAUUUCUCCUCUGCCAAUGGCACCACCAGCGAUCCGCUGGGAGGCCACACCAUCUGGCAGGUGGUCUUCAUCGCCUUCCUAACGGGCGUCCUGGCCUUGGUGACCAUCAUCGGCAACAUCCUGGUGAUCGUGGCCUUCAAGGUCAACAAGCAGCUGAAGACAGUCAAUAACUACUUCCUCUUAAGCCUGGCCUGUGCCGACCUGAUUAUCGGGGUCAUUUCCAUGAAUCUGUUUACCACCUACAUCAUCAUGAAUCGGUGGGCUCUAGGAAACCUGGCCUGCGACCUCUGGCUGUCCAUUGACUACGUCGCUAGCAAUGCCUCCGUCAUGAACCUUCUGGUCAUCAGCUUCGACAGGUACUUCUCCAUCACGCGGCCGCUCACAUACCGAGCCAAACGAACAACCAAACGAGCUGGCGUGAUGAUAGGCCUGGCGUGGGUCAUUUCCUUCGUCCUCUGGGCCCCCGCCAUCCUCUUCUGGCAGUACUUUGUCGGGAAGAGGACUGUGCCGCCCGGCGAGUGUUUUAUCCAGUUCCUCAGCGAGCCCACCAUUACGUUCGGCACGGCCAUCGCUGCCUUCUACAUGCCUGUCACCAUCAUGACUAUUUUAUACUGGAGGAUCUAUAAGGAAACGGAAAAACGUACCAAAGAGCUCGCCGGGCUGCAGGCCUCAGGGACGGACGCGGAGGCCGAGAACUUUGUCCACCCCACGGGUAGCUCUCGGAGCUGCAGCAGCUACGAGCUGCAACAGCAGAGCCUGAAACGCUCGGCCCAGAGGAAGUACGGUCGCUGCCACUUCUGGUUUGCCACCAAGAGCUGGAAGGCCAGCGCGGAGCAGAUGGACCCUGACCAGAGCAGCAGCGACAGCUGGAAUAACAACGACGCUGCCGCCUCCCUGGAGAACUCCGCCUCUUCCGACGAGGAGGACAUCGGCUCCGAGACCAGAGCCAUCUACUCCAUCGUGCUCAAGCUGCCUGGCCACAGCACCAUCCUCAACUCCACCAAACUGCCCUCCUCGGACAACCUGCAGGUGCCCGACGAGGCACUGGGGGCAGCCGACCUGCAGAGGAGAGCUAGCAAGCUGCAGACCCAGAAGAGCAUGGACGACGGGGCUGGCUUUCCGAAAAGCUUCUCCAAGCUUCCCAUCCAGCUAGAGUCGGCCGAGGACAGAGCCAAGGCGUCCGAGGCCAACUCCUCGGCGGGCAAGACCACGGCUGCUCUACCUCUGUCCUUCAAGGAAGCCACUCUGGCCAAGAGGUUUGCUCUGAAGACCCGAAGCCAGAUCACCAAGCGGAAACGGAUGUCGCUCAUCAAGGAGAAGAAGGCGGCCCAGACGCUCAGCGCCAUCUUGCUGGCCUUCAUCAUCACCUGGACCCCCUACAAUAUCAUGGUUCUGGUGAACACCUUCUGUAACAGUUGCAUACCCAAAACCUAUUGGAAUCUGGGCUACUGGCUGUGCUACAUCAACAGCACCGUGAACCCCGUGUGCUACGCGCUGUGUAACAAAACAUUCAGAACCACUUUCAAGAUGCUGCUGCUUUGCCGGUGUGACAGGCGCAGGCGGCGGAAACAGCAGUACCAGCAGAGACAGUCGGUCGUUUUCCACAAGCGCGCGCCCGAGCAGGCCCUGUAGGGGGAGGCUCGGCCCCGCGCGGCGGCCAAACGCACACAUCCACCCACAAACCUUAGGAGGGCGCUGGCGGAGGGUAGGGGUGAUUCCCGGUGGUGAUAAAAAUGGGUUGUUGGGGUUUUUUUUUUAUCACCCAGAGAUGAAGGAAGCUGCCUGUUUACUGACCCAUUGAAUAAAUCCAUUUUAAUAUAGAAAGUCAGAUACCAAUUCAGCAAAAAAACAAAAAAAAAAGCAUAUUCCUGAAUAUAAAGAAAUUUUUUCUGAAAUAGACUUUAGGUGGUUUUUUUCUCAAAGAGGAAAAAUAAAAUGUGUAUCACAGCAAUUCCACAGCCAAAUUGAUCUGCUGGGUUCUCUGAGUUCCCAUUAGUGCUGGAAUCUCAGAUGAGCGUCACCAGCAGAGCCGGCUGCCGCGUUCCUCCCGAGGAACCCACAGGGGUCUACCCAGGUCGACCCAGAUCCCACGUGGAACACGUCAGCUAGUGAAUUUGUGGUUCGGAAAUUAUUUCAUACGCUGUAAAGCUGAACCUUCUUGUCCCAGUAGAGCUUCCCUGUCUUCUUUGGUGUGUUGUUAAAUUCUAUUUGUGGACUUGAUUCUUGCAAAGUAUUGUUUUGUGCAGUUCCAGUUUCGUACCAAUAAAAAUAUAUAAGUGUGUGUGUGUGUGUGUGAGAGAGAGAGAGAGAGACUUCUGCACACGCGCACACACACACACACACAUACACAAGUGUAUAUAAUAUAGUGGGAAUCACUGAGCUGGCAAAUUUUUCUUGCAAUAUAAGCUUUCAGUACUUUGAUAACUGAAGUUCUUUAGGAUCCUAACACAACAUAAAAGUGAAAUAAACCCAGUGUAACGUUUGGGAAACCAGGGUUUUGUUCCCCCCCCACACACAAACCACCCCGGGGAAUACGCAGGCGCGGGCAGCUGCCCCCCCCCGCCCCGCCGCCGGAGGCUGGUGCAGCCCCAAGGCUGGGCCAGACUCCGGGUGUAAGCCCCGGGCUCUGCUGAUGUCCUCGACAGAGCUCCAGCAAACCGGCGCCCUCUGAGCUCCAACCACGAACCGCGUCCACGGGGUUGAAUUUAAUCAUCCAAAUCUGAAUGUUGCCCAACAAAAUUUCUGCUGUCUCAACUGCUUGAAACUUAUAGUGUCACGCUUGAAUGUCACACGCAGCAAUAUCUAUGGCAGAGCGCCCCAGUGGAGAACGUGGUGUUGGAGGUCUUGCCACCUGGCCCCUUCCAAACGCAAAAGGGCUUCCACCUGUGUCACCUAGCUGUGGCCAGUGCUUUCCGGGGUUCCUUGUGCGACCCUCACCCAGUCACGGGUGGGGUUUGGGAACUCACAUGUCCUCUGAAGAAAGUAUUAACACUUUGAAAAGUAUUGCUUCAAGUUGAUUUCCUUAUGUUUCGAAAAAAAUGAUUUUGUAUCUCCUUUGAAAUUGAUCCAAAAGCUCAAUGUUGUAUUGGGGCUGUGGGGGAGGGGGGCCGCCAUUGCUUGUCCUUUUUGUCAUGGCUGUGGUUGUUGGGGUUCCUUCUUUUCCUUUCGCAGGGGCUGUGUGGGGAGCGGGAGGGGAGGGGGCGGGGGGCGGGGGCGCCGAGAAGAAACCUCACCUCUGUACAGGGCCUCCUGGCAUGGCCCCGGGGCCGGGGUAGAAGCUGCUUCUGUGUUCAGUGUGAGCUGGUGUUUACAGGUGACAACAGUAGACUCAGUAGAGUGUCUGUGUUUCUGAACUAUUUAAUUUCGUGUUCUGUUUAGAUGAAGAAAUAUUUAUGCAUACUUCACCAAGUGUCUAUUUAAUGUUGACAAAUAUUACUCUUCGGUCUUCGGCCGUGGCGUCCCUCGAAAGGGAUUCUUUCAGGGUCCCCCCCCCGCCCCCCGAGCAAGCCGUGCAGUCUGUGGAGCUUCGGACGAGGCUGAGGAGGAGGCCAUGGCCAUCCUGCUGGCGGCGGCAAGCCCCUGACUCCUGGGGAAUAAAAAGCCAACUGUAACUCUGAUGGAAAAGUUGAAAACCACUCUUUCGUUGAACCUGAUGGGAAAUGAAUGAAGUAACCCCCCCCCCCCGUGGUGUUUGAAAUCACAUGACAAGGGUAAAAAAAAAAAAAAAGGCAGAUCAGCAUAAUUAAAAGAAUUUUUUUUUUUUUUUGGCCCACAUUCAACCAAAGAACAAGAAAAACCAGAGACUAUUUUCUAACACAUAGAGCAAACUACGGAAUGUUCUGUGAUCCACCUGUGAAACGUCUGGUGAGCAACAGCAUCUGCAUUGUCCUACCCUGGUUGGCCGGGCGCGAAUAAACAUGUGGAUGCUGAUUGGAGUGUCCCAGGACGGCCCGAAUUCCCCUUCUUUUUGAAACUUUUGUCCUGCCUUUCUCCCAAAGGGCUGUUUCCUGUAUUUCCGACAAAAUUGGAGAGCAUUACCUCUGAGAAACGGAGAACCCCCCCCCCCAAGAGCUUCGGCAUUAACCUCGAAGAACUCGGGAACUUUUUACCAGACUGGUGAACUUCUGUGGUCCUCCCUGGCCGUCCUAGUAGGAGAAGUACUGAGAGGGUCUGCAGAGGCCAGGAAGAUAUGUUUUCUGUUUGUGCAAGUGAAGAUCUGUCGUUGGGC